UAUUUAUUGCUAGAGAUUCGAACGCUCCCCUCGCGUCCGACGCCAUUUUGAACGCUGUCAGUGAACGGUAUCAAGUCGCAAAGAUGGAUUCUUAGAUUACUCGAAAUGAUAUUACGAUUCAAGUUAUGCUGUUUUAGUCCCAAUAUAUUGUAAAUUCGUGUUAUAGUUGUGAAGUGACCGCCACCAUGACUGACAUUGCUGUACAGGCCAUGGAGGCCCUACAUAAUUGUCGCUGCUGCCUGCGACGCCCUCCGGACAAGGGUCUCAAGACGAUGUACGAGUCUGUUGGGAAAACUGAAGUCUAUUGGGAAAUGCUCAAACAGUGCUUCGACAUACGUCUAAACCUUGGCAAUGAUGAGUGCGGCAUCUGCGAGGUGUGCGUCAACCGCCUGCGGGACGCCAAUGACUUUAAGAAUCAGGUGCAGCAGAGUCAGAUUGACCUCAAGUCCCUGCUGGAGCGAGCACUGGCUGAGAAAGAUAAAAAGCCAGACAUCGUUAAGGUGGAGAUUGUCGAAGAAGAUCCCAUCAGCGCUGAGCCUCUGAUACGUCAAGACCCGAAAAAGGAAUUUAAGGCCGAGAGCGAUGGCGAUUUGGUGUCAAAGCGCGAAGGUGGCGCGUCGACAGCCUCCACCGAGCGUCGGUCCGAGUCCGAACGCAGUGGCCCACCGUACAAGUGUCAGACAUGUCGGAAAAUAUUUGAACAAGAAGAGAGUCUCACAAGGCAUACGUUUGCUAUCCACGCAAAACACGAACUACAGUCCAAAGGAGCAGUACAUGACAUCACUCUAGAGCCUCCUACUGCGAACAAGAUUCAUACAUGCGAUUACUGUUGUCAAUGGUUUACUGAAGAAAGUGAUUUAACUACACAUAUGGAGAUUCACAAGGUGACAUCCAAUGACUCGGACGAUGACCGGUUAACUUGCGAUAUAUGCGAAAAAGAAUUCACUGAUAAGGAUGACUUGAGAAAGCACGAGCUUGGACACGGUGUAGAAAAAAAAUUCUCAUGUGAUUUGUGCGAGAAAAGUUUCACAACAAGUAACGGUUUAAAAAUGCAUAAGAUGGUACAUAGCGGUGAAAAACCGCAUUCAUGUGAAGUAUGCCAGAAGAGAUUUAGGCAUAAAAGCCACUUGACAGCACAUCUUGAAAUUCACAAUGUCAAUAGGGAAUUUCAUUUCUCUUGUGCAGUAUGCAAGAAAAGAUUUGCACAGAAGUCGUCUUUAAAGCUUCAUAUGCGGAUACAUACGGGAGAGAAACCGUAUUCCUGCGAAAUCUGUAGUAAACCAUUUGCAUUUAGAUCUACUUUAAAUGCACAUAAGCGUUUUCACACCGGAGAAAAACCGUACACGUGUGAAGUAUGCCAAAAACAAUUUUCUGUAAAAAGCCUUUUGAAUAAGCAUUUACUCUCUCACGCAGAUGUUAUCGAUAUACCAAACCAACCUGAAGAAAGUUACUGUUGUGAAAUGUGUGGAAAACGAUUUAGACAGAAAAGUUAUUUGGCUAGACAUCUAAGGGCUCACAUGGGAGUGAAGCCAUAUGCUUGCGACAUAUGCAACAGACGAUUUACCCAAAAAGGUAACUUGAUAGCUCAUAAGAAAACACACACUGGAGAAAAAUCGUACACUUGCGAAAUAUGUCGUAAGCGAUUCGGGACAAAAGCUAAUUGCAAAAACCACAUGAUCAUACACACUGGACAAAAACCACACGCUUGCAAGAUAUGUAAUAAACAAUUUUCAUAUAAGUGUGCUUUAAACGUUCAUAUAAAAGCAAUUCAUUUCAGAGAAAAACCACAUGUGUGCCACAUAUGCAAAAGAGCAUUUGCAUUGAUAUCUACAUUAAAGAAACAUAUAUUGAGCCACACUGGGGAAAGACCGUUCUCAUGUCACGUAUGUGGCAAAGCAUUUACAGUAAAAUAUGGAUUAAAGAAACACUUAUUAACUCAUAGCGGUGGGGCUACCACAACCAGCCGCCCGUUCCCAAGUCGCUCGAAUCUCUAUCACCCUUCUAUGUCGCACUGCCCAAAUUAGAAAGAAAUAAUCGGUUUUCCUGACAUUCGAGGCAGACGGCGAUGUAGUUCGUAGACAAUAUUAAAACUGGGAAAUGUAAAAUAUAUAGAUGUGCCUAGUUCCAAGAUAAUGGAAUAUAAAAAUAGAAGAUUGUCUUACGUUAGUAUUCUCCAAUACAUGAGGGCUAUGUUCUUGGCUAUACGGCGACGAAGCACUCCGUGAAACAAUCGUCAACACGUUGUUAAAAAAUAACAUCAGACAUCACUGAAGUUUCAAAUCUGAAAUUUGUGUAGUAAAACGCGUUAUCUUUACUAAUUACCAAGGACAUAUCGUUCCUAAUAAUGCAUACAUACUUAUGUUCUAGCUUUGCUAAUAUGUUAUUUAGUUAGUAAACGUUCUUGAAAUAUAUCUCGUGGUUUAAGUGUUCAAAAGAUUAUAAAUGAGAAUAAAUAGUGCAGACAUAUAAACAUUGAACAGAAUAACUGUUUUAUUUUAAAUACUGAUAAAAAUGUAGACUAAUGUGUUAUACUUCAGUAAGAUUUAUUAUUAUGUGCCUAUGUUGUAUUUAUUUUGUUUAUAAGAAUUCAAGACGUAGCCCUAAGUGCAAUUUUUUGUCUUACAGUAGGUAGGUGUAAAUAAAACUUUUUAUAUUUCCAAUUUCACUAUUAAUCAUUAAUCACGGAAACUGUAUUACAUAUACAUGGAAUUCCAACCAACUUAACCAUAGCUUAGUAAUAUAACAACAAGGCAAAAACGCGUGGGUUCCCAGGUAUUUGUUUAUGAAUAAAUAAAUUAAUCUACUCGUAAUAUCUAAGGCGUACACCACCAGUUCCCAUUUAUUAUUUUAUUACGAGUACUGUAGCGCGAUCUAAGAUGCUGUGUACUAAACAUACCGAAUGUUGUACCGAAGUUGAUAUUUAAAAUAAGUGGUUAACUGGUCCUACCUUGUAUACAAUUUGUAUUAUUUAAAUAUAUGAAUCAAUAGUCAAACUGUGCUUAAAUAUAUAUUGUAUCCUACGAUUCAUUAUGUGUUUUUGAAAAAUAAAAUAUUAACUUUA